AUGGGUGAUCCAAAGAGUCACAUUUCAAAUUUUAAAAAGAUAAUGAUGCUUAAGGAUGUAUCUGAUCCAAUGCUGUGCAGAGUAUUCUCAGCCACGUUCAAGGGGUCAGCGCAUAAAUGGUAUUUGAGGCUGAAGUCAACUACCAUUGGAACAUUUGCAAAACAAGGCAAAAAUGAGACGUUGAAGAACUUUGUGGAAAGGUUCAACAAAGAAGUUGUUCAGAUAGAACAUCUGAAUCAUGACACAGCCAUAGAAUCCAUGAAGAUUGGAACAAGGUUCAAACGAUUGAGAGAUAAAAUCUUGAUGAAGAAACCACCAACUUUUCAAGAGUUGAUGACAAUAACACACAAGUAUGUGGAGCUCGAUGAGGCAAGAAGAAUGCUAACAAGGCAGUACGAAGAGGAGAAGCCUGAAAAAUAUCAGAAUAGAGGAGGAGAUAACAGAACGCAGAGAUAUGGAAGAGGGAAGAAACCAUUUGAUUUUACACCUCCGAACAGAGCUCCGGUGGAAAUUUUCAGUUGGAUGAAGAAGAACAGAGUUAUGUACACGACACCUGGGAAGUUACAUCCGGAAAAAGAGAGAGACAAAAUAAAAUAUUGUAGAUUCCAUGAAGGAUACGGUCAUGACAUGGACAGGUGCUGGGAUUUGAAGAGAGAAAUAGAACAACUGAUCCAAUCAGGAGUAUUGAAGAAGUUCGUUCAUACAGAAGGAAGCGCGGAGAAAAGGAAAUCAGAACACACAGAGAAAGAGGAAGCAAACAAGAGGUUCAAGGAACCCAUGGGAGUGAUAAACAUAAUCGAAGGAGGAGAGCCUUAUUCAAGGUCGCAGAAGAAGAAAAUAUGUAAAGGUGUAUUCUCGAUAAGCACAAAGGAACCAAAAGAAGGACCACCAGCAGUCAUUUUCGGGCUAGAAGACGGAAAGCACGUGCAAGAGCCACAUAACGACGCGUUGGUGAUCAAGGCGUUGAUUUACAAUUUUAGGGUAAUGAGGAUCCUGAUCGAUGAAGGGAGCGCGGUUAACCUCCUCACCUUAUAA